AUGAUGAGGCUGUACGAUGGCGUCAAAGAAAUUCUAAAGAUUCAGAAGUUCAGGCGAAUUGUGUCAUAUGCUGGAUUCUACUGCUUCACAGCAGUCUUGAGCUACGCUUACGCAAGCAAUACAACCAGAGCUGGGUUUUCCAGAGGCGACCAAUUCUAUGCGUCUUACCCAGCUGGAACCGAGCUCUUGACGGACACAGCAAAGUUGUAUAAAGCUGCUCUUGGUAAUUGUUUCGAAAACGAAGAGUGGGGUCCCAUUGAGUAUUGCAUCAUGGCCAAACACUUUGAACGACAGGGUAAAACACCCUAUGCGUACCAUGCCCAAUACAUGGCACACCUUCUAUCUCAUGGACAGCUUGAUGGAAGUGGAUAG